UGGAGUGGAAUAAAAGCAAUUAUUCCCAGUUUCCACUUUGGGGAUGGAGUAUGCGCAAUUCCCCCAUACCGUUCACGUCAACCCUAAUCUCCAUUGCCCUUUUCCCCACACCCUGCCUGCCCCCAUGCUACCAAACACUGACACAACCUUCCCACCUAAGUUUUCCAGGUACAAUAUUUUCCGUCCCCCUCUCCGGCCGAUUAUUGGAGAAUCUCUUACAAACCUGUUUGGAUUUCCAGUUGCGAGUUUCCGAACAGGAAGUUGGAGCAACAUAUAUGGCGACGAAAUCGGAUUUUGCGGAGAAGCUGCUGCGCGAUCUUCGCCUGAGGAAGGAGAGGAUGGCUGCGACUGAAAAUUCAAGCCAAGUCAUGUUUGGAGAAAAUAGAAGCCCUGUUGGAAGCAGCAGAUCAUUGAACACUGAAGGAUCUUCAAAUCAAAUCAUUCUCCAGGAAAGAGGAAACCUCUCAAGCCAAGUCAGAGAUCUUUCAAUGGCCAUAGCUUUUGCCUUAGACAACACUGCAAAAAUCAGCACCCCUAGCAGCAAUCCACUGCUCAACUUCUUCAAUAGACUGGACUGCAGGAAGAUGGACAUAUCAAACUCUGGUAAACACAGUCCUCCAACAAUUCCCAGUGUCUCUCACAUCGAUAAUUUAACUGAAAUCUCAAAGGCAGUACUAAGAGCUUGCUCCAGAGGUCUUAACAUCAACAUAAACUCGAUCGAAGUCGGGCAAGAACUGCUGAAAGGCGCCGUUGAUCUGGAAGAGUCCCUCAGGAUGCUUGUAAACUUGGAGGAAGCAUCAGAGUGUAUGAAUGGGGCUCGGAGGAGAAGUCGUUUAACGUUGCUUAAUGGGGACGACGCUGGACGAGAUGACACACAUAAAAGGAUGAACCAGAUGCAACUGGAUCGACCAAGAUUCUCGUUUGAUAAGCCCUCCAAGAACUCACAUCUUGUUGCUCAGAAGAAUAAGAUGACAAAGGAGCAAGAAUCGACUGCUAGCUGUGACCUAGAUUUUGAUGGUCCACAAGUGAGAAAUAGCUCAAGUUCCACACAGGAGAAGGGAAGAAUUUCAAAUGUGAUAGCUAAACUCAUGGGACUUGAGGAACUUCCUCAGAAGGAAAGCAUGAAGAAAGAUUUGAGCUCUAGGGAGAAUGAAAGGAAGGUUUCAAGCAAAACUAGGAAGUUUGCUGAAUUUGCUAGUGAACGUAGCAACGGUUUACUCCUCAAUAUGGAUCAUAAGUCGAUCAGAAGGCAGAAUUCAACACCAGUCAGGGAUCUUACGUCCGACAUAAAAGCAGAAAAGAGGCAAGAAAUUGAUGACAGCUUUAAAAUGGUAAUGGUUAAAAGAAACAUAGCAGGUGCAACGGAUACAGUAUCAGCCCCAAAGACAGCAACCAGCACGAUGAAGAAGCUGCAAAAAGACUCUAUUUCACAAAAUAAAGUUACUGGAUUUCAAAUUUGCCCUGGUGGUGAGAAGAGUCCACCUUUUGUAGAGGAUAGAGAAAGGAAAAUGGCAGAGACAAGGUUAAAUAAUGAGCCGCAGCAGAAGGCUCAGCAGAUUGAGUAUAAUGUAAGUGCAAACUGCCUGGAAAAGAGGAAUGGAAACAAGGACCUCAAGCAAACGGCAAAGGGUAAACGUACAGCUCAAGUGGAAGUGCUAAAAAAACGUGAACAUUCUGAAGACAAGAAUCGGGCAGGGCCAAAAGGGCAGCAGAUUCAGAAAGAAAGUUUGAUGACCAAGAAACCUAGAGGGCGUUACAUGGAGUCCAUGGUUUCAGCAAAAUUCAAUCUUGGAAGUGCUGACAAUCUGGUCAAGAAGCAAAACAAAGAUAAAACAACAUAUGAAAAUGGGACAUUGAUGAAACCCAUUGAAAAAGUUGGCGUGACAGAUCCACCAAAUCUUGAUGCCAGUAAAGGAAACUUUAGGAAAGAAGAUCAAAAUCAGAUUCCAUCUCUGAGGGAACCACAGAAUGAGAAUGAAAAGGCAACUGAUAGCAACUUGUUACCGACACCAGAUAAGUGUAUUGAUGUUUUAGCCAAAAAGAAGGAGGCUGCUUACAAGGAAAUUCAGAAAAGUGAGAAUCUUCGCAAGAUGGAUGUGCCGAUGACUAGAAGAAGUAGAACAGUAAAUGACUUGAAGAUAUCAUCGAAGCAGUCAGCUACCAUGCUACAGGAAUUGAAACAACAGAUGCAUAAGAAGAAGAACAGCACCAAAGGAAGGGAGCUGGAAAGUGACAACCAGGAGAACAGAGGAGAAGUAGGCAUAAUUGUAACUGAUGCAUCUGAAGAGGUAAGAGAACUAACAAAGCAGCCGGAAAAAGUACAGAAUGAUGCUGAACCCACUACUUUGUUAAACAAUUCUGUCGGAGACGAAUGCCAAACAGAGAACAUACAGGACAUCCUAGUUCCAAAUGACAAAUGCUGUGACAGAGAUUCAAACUCCGCGAAAGUUUCCAGUGAUCUCCAGAAAGUAGUAGAGCCUUAUGCUUCCAAAAAUGAAAAACAUCUCAAACAAUAUGAUCAACACAAUGAAGGCCGUAAAGCAAGCAUGGCAUCACACAAGCUUUCCAAACCUGAUGUGCAUAAGCAGUUACCUGAAUCAGGGAGACAAGAACAGCUGAUGGAGCCUGAAAAGGAGCUCAAGAACAUUGUAAUAAAGGAUCAGCACCUGACGGAGCCCGAAAAGGAGCUCAAGGUGAUUGUAGUAGAGAAUCACUACCUGACAAGGCCCGAAAAGGAGCCCAAGGAGAUUGCACUAAGAAAUAAGCACCUGACAGAGCCCGAAAAGCAGCCUAAGGAGAUCGUAAUAGGCAAUCAGCACCUGACAGAGCCCGAAAGGGAACUCAAGGAGAUUGUAAUAAAGAAUCAUUAUCUGACAGAGCCAGAAAAGGAGCCCAAGGAGAUCGUAACAAAAAACCAGCAACUCACAGAACCCGAAAAGGAACUCAAGGAGAUAGUACUAAAGAAUCAUCUAUUCCUUAACACAGCAGAAGCCCUUUUCAAGCUCAACAUACCAGUCAGCUUUCUUCAUGCUGGUGAUCAAAACCAAGAGGUUGGAGACAAGAAACUCAUAUUGGACUGCGGAUACGAAAUAAUGAAAAGAAAAGCACGAAAAAACGAACUGACACUUCAUCCCUACAAUAUUACCACCUUAAGUUGUUCCAAGUUAAGGUCCUUAGAUGAUCUGGUCAAGAAACUCUGCAAAGACUUUGAAAUGCUUAAGCUUUAUGGUGGCAGUUGGGACGAUGAAGUCGAUAUUGCAAGCUACUUAUACAAGAUGAUCGAGAAAGACAUACAUGGGAAGGAUCCGGAUUUAAACUGCAUGUGGGAUCUUGAGUGGAAUGACAUGAUGUCAAUGUUCUGUGAGAAGGAAGAUGUUGUAAGAGAUGUGGAGAAGCACGUACUCAAUGUUUUGCUCGACGAGAUGACUAAUGAACUUUUACAUGUAAAUUUUUUGGUGUAAUUUUUGUUUUGGAACUGGUUUUGUAGAUCAUGUGUAGAUUCAAGAGGGACUCUCAAAUCCAAUGUUGAGGUUUUGCAAUGAGUAAUUAAGUUUAAGUCUAAGAUUUUUGCUGCAUCUUUACUUUGCGAGUGUAGCAUAGUUUGUUG